AGCGAGCGAGCGAGCGAACUGAGCGGCAACAGUGGCGGCAACGCCGACGGCGCGGGGGGCAGUGGCGGCGACGGGGACUGAGCGCGGCCGCGGCUGCAGGAGGCGGAGGAUUAGCAGCAGCAGCGGGGCUGGCUGGUUUUGGCUGUACUAAUACUGCGGCUGAGUUGGUGCUUUAAAGAUUUCGCUUUUCUCAGUUUGUUUACUUGCCUAUCAGACAUUAUGAGGAGAUUGGCUUUUCGUGGUGCUGGUUGUACUCUGGUAAAUCUGAAGUUGGAUUCCAUGAGCUCAAAGAGGCGAAGGGCUACCUCUCCUUCUAGCAGUGCCAGUGGAGGAGAUUUUGAUGAUGGUCACCAUUCCACAAACACACCAGGUCCAAGUAGGAAGCGGAGAAGACUUUCCAACCUCCCAACAGUUGAUCCUAUUGCCGUUUGCCAUGAAUUAUACAACACAAUCAGAGAUUACAAAGAUGAACAAGGAAGGCUUUUAUGUGAAUUGUUCAUUAGGGCCCCCAAAAGGCGAAAUCAGCCAGAUUACUAUGAAGUAGUUUCCCAGCCUAUUGAUUUAAUGAAGAUCCAACAAAAGUUAAAAAUGGAGGAAUAUGAUGAUGUGAACGUCUUAACUGCUGACUUCCAACUGCUGUUUAAUAAUGCAAAAUCCUAUUAUAAGCCAGAUUCUCCUGAAUAUAAGGCUGCCUGCAAAUUGUGGGAUUUAUAUGUACGGACAAAAAAUGAAUUUGUUCAGAAGGGAGAGGCUGAGGAUGACGAAGAGGAAGAUGAAGGCCAUGACAAUCAAGGGACUAUUUCUGAAAUAUCUUCUCCAGGUUAUUUAAAAGAAAUUCUUGAACAACUUCUUGAAGCAGUAGUUGUAGCUACAAAUCCAUCAGGCCACCUUAUUAGUGAACUUUUUCAGAAGCUUCCCUCUAAAGUGCAAUAUCCUGAUUAUUAUGCAAUAAUUAAAGAGCCCAUAGAUUUGAAGACUAUCGCUCAGCGGAUACAGAACGGAAGCUAUAAAAGCAUUCAUGCAAUGACCAAGGAUAUAGAUCUGUUAGUUAAAAAUGCCAAAACUUACAAUGAACCAGGAUCUCAAGUAUUCAAGGAUGCAAAUGCAAUAAAGAAAAUAUUUAAUAUGAAAAAGGCAGAAAUUGAGCAUUCAGAAUUAACUAAAUCAAGUCUCCGAGUCAGGUAUUGUAAGCAGAAUAGAAAUAUAGAAAGGACUGGAAAUCUGACUGCAUCCAGGCUGACAAGUCCUUCCUCACAGGGUAAAGGCAGUGUUGUUGAUGAAAGAAAUUCUGCUAAUAAAUAUUACCGUAACAAAAGAGCUGUCCAAGGCGAUCGUUUAUCAGCAAUAACCAUGACACUGCAAUAUGGAUCUGAAAGUGAUGAAGAUGCUGUUUUAGCUGCUGCUGCCCGUUAUGAAGAAGGAGAAUCUGAAGCUGAAAGCAUUGCUUCAUUUAUGGAUAUAUCCAAUCCUCUCUAUCAGCUUUAUGAUACAGUUAGAAACUGCCGAAACAACCAGGGCCAACUUAUAUCGGAACCCUUUUUUCAUUUGCCCUCAAAGAAAAAAUAUCCUGAUUAUUAUCAACAAAUCAAAAUGCCUAUUUCAUUGCAGCAGAUCAGAACGAAAUUGAAGAAUCACGAAUACGAAACCCUCGACCAUUUAGAAUGUGAUUUAAACUUGAUGUUUGAAAAUGCAAAACGUUAUAAUGUUCCAAACUCAGCCAUUUAUAAGAGAGUUUUGAAAAUGCAACAGGUUAUGCAGGCAAAGAAGAAAGAGCUAGCUAGAAGAGAUGAAAUUGAGGAUGGUGAUAGUAUGAUAUCUUCUGCCACAUCAGAUGCUGGGAGUUCAAAAAGGAAAAGUAAGAAGAAUAUAAAGAAACAGCGAAUGAAAAUCUUAUACAAUGUUGUUCUUGAAGCACGAGAACCUGGAACAGGCCGAAGGCUAUGUGAACUGUUUAUGGUGAAACCUUCCAAAAAAGACUAUCCAGAUUAUUACAAGAUUAUUUUGGAGCCAAUGGAUUUAAAAAUAAUAGAGUAUAAUAUCCGUAGCGAUAAAUAUGCUGGAGAGGAAGCUAUGAUAGAAGAUAUGAGGUUAAUGUUUCGAAAUGCGAGACAUUAUAACGAAGAAGGCUCACAGGUUUACAAUGAUGCUCAUAUUUUGGAGAAAAUUCUUAAAGAAAAGAGAAAAGAAUUGGGACCGCUGCUUGAAGAUGAUGAGGUUGCUUCCCCUAAAUUAAAGUUAAGUAGAAAAACUGGCAUUUCUCCUAAAAAAUCAAAAUAUAUGACUCCAAUGCAACAGAAGCUUAAUGAAGUAUACGAAGCUGUGAAGAACUAUACAGAUAAACGAGGUAGAAGACUCAGUGCUAUUUUUCUACGACUUCCAUCGCGGUCAGAGCUUCCUGAUUAUUAUCUGACAAUUAAAAAGCCAGUUGAUAUGGAGAAAAUCAGAAGUCACAUGAUGGCCAACAAAUAUCAGGAUAUUGAUUCUAUGGUUGAAGAUUUUGUAAUGAUGUUUAAUAAUGCCUGCACUUACAAUGAACCAGAAUCCUUGAUUUACAAAGAUGCACUUGUGCUACAUAAAGUUUUGCUUGAGACUAGAAGAGAUAUAGAAGGAGAUGAAGAUUCUCAUGUCCCAAAUGUAACUCUGCUGAUCCAAGAACUUAUACAUAAUCUUUUUGUCUCUGUAAUGAGUCACCAGGAUGAUGAGGGGAGAUGCUAUAGUGACUCUUUAGCUGAAAUUCCUGCUGUUGACCCCAGUUUCCCAAGCAAGCCUCCUUUGACUUUUGAUAUCAUACGGAAAAAUGUAGAGAAUAACCGCUAUAGAAGGUUGGAUUUAUUCCAAGAACAUAUGUUUGACGUGUUGGAACGCGCAAGGAGAAUGAACCGGACGGAUUCAGAGAUUUAUGAGGAUGCUGUAGAACUUCAGCAGUUCUUUAUCAAAAUCCGUGAUGAACUCUGCAAAAAUGGUGAAAUCUUGUUAUCACCAGCCCUUAGCUACACUACUAAACAUCUACAUAAUGAUGUAGAAAAAGAGAAGAAGGAAAAACUUCCCAAAGAAAUGGAAGAGGACAAACUUAAAAGAGAAGAGGAGAAGAGAGAAGCUGAAAAGAGUGAAGAUUCUUCUGGAGGAUCAGGACUGUCUAAUUUACACAGAACAUACAGCCAAGAUUGCAGCUUUAAGAACAGCAUGUACCAUGUUGGAGACUAUGUAUAUGUUGAACCUGCAGAAGCUAAUUUGCAACCUCAUAUAGUCUGCAUAGAACGAUUGUGGGAAGAUUCAAAUGGGGAAAAAUGGUUAUAUGGCUGCUGGUUUUACCGACCAAAUGAAACAUUCCAUCUUGCCACCAGAAAAUUUUUGGAGAAGGAGGUGUUUAAAAGUGAUUAUUACAACAAAGUUACAGUGAGCAAAAUUCUAGGCAAAUGUGUGGUUAUGUUUGUUAAGGAAUAUUUUAAGCUAUGUCCAGAAAACUUCAGAGAUGAAGAUGUCUAUGUUUGUGAAUCACGUUAUUCUGCAAAGACAAAGUCUUUUAAGAAAAUUAAAUUGUGGACUAUGCCAAUUAGUUCUGUACGAUUUGUCCCUCGAGAAGUGCCCUUACCUGUGAUUCGUGUUGCAUCAGUGUUUGCUAAUAUAGACAAAAUUGAUGAAGAAAAACAUACCGACGCAUCGGAGGAUACCAAAAUUGUUCUUAGUCUUGAAAAGGAUAAGGAAGACGUUCCAGUAGACAUGUCAAAUGGAGAACCUGGCUGUCACUACUAUGAACAGCUUUGUUACAAUGAUAUGUGGUUAAAGGUCGGAGAUUGUGUCUUCAUAAAAUCGCAUGGUUUAGUCCGAGCAAGGGUUGGCAGAAUAGAAAAAAUGUGGGUUAGAGAUGGAGCUGCCUAUUUCUUUGGUCCAAUUUUUAUUCACCCAGAAGAAACAGAACAUGAGCCAACGAAAAUGUUUUAUAAGAAGGAAGUAUUUUUAAGUAACUUGGAAGAGACUUGCCCGAUGACAUGCAUUCUGGGAAAAUGUGCUGUUCUGUCUUUCAAAGACUUUCUUUCCUGUAGACCAACUGAAAUUCAUGAAAAUGAUGUUCUUCUCUGUGAAAGUCGCUAUAAUGAAAGUGACAAACAGAUGAAAAAAUUUAAAGGACUAAAAAGAUUUUCAUUGUCUGCUAAGGUAGUAGAUGAUGAAAUUUAUUAUUUCAGGAAACCCAUUAUUCCACAGAAGGAGCCAUCUCCACUUUUAGAGAAAAAAAUUCAGCAGCUAGAAGCAAAGUUUGCUGAGUUAGAAGGUGGAGAAGAGGAUAUUGAAGAGAUUGGGGAAGAGGAAGGUGAAGUCACAGAAGCACCAACAAUACCUCAACUGCAGACUCCGCUCUCCAAUGAAUUGGAUAUAAUGCCAUAUACUCCACCACAGUCCACUCCGAAGUCAAUAAAAGGCAGCGUAAAAAAAGAAGGCUCUAAAAGGAAGAUCAAUAUGAGCGGAUACAUCUUGUUUAGCAGUGAGAUGAGAGCUGUCAUUAAAGCUCAGCACCCAGAUUAUUCCUUUGGAGAACUCAGCAGACUGGUUGGAACAGAGUGGAGAAAUUUGGAAGCCUCCAAGAAAGCAGAGUAUGAAGAGCGGGCAGCUAAGGUUGCUGAGCAGCAGGAGAGAGAACGAGCAGCACAGCAACAGCAGCAGAAUUCUUCCCCCCGGGCAGGCACUCCUGUCGGGGCUCUUAUGGGGGUGGUGCCGCCACCAACACCAAUGGGGAUGCUCAAUCCGCAGUUGACACCUGUUGCAGGCAUGAUAGGUGGCUAUCCAUCAGUGCUGCCACCUUUACAAGGCCCAGUUGAUGGCAUUGUUAGCAUGGGCAGCAUGCCACCACUUCACCCUGGGGUGCCUCCACCCCAUCAACUUCCACCAGGCAUGCCAGGCAUCCCACCACCGGGUGUUCUAGGGCAAAACGUUUCUUCCAUAGUAGGAGCCCCAGCACCAGGAAGUCCAUUUGGGCAGCAGAUGGGUAUGCUUGGUCCCCCAGGCCAACAAGCACCACCUCCAUAUCCUGGUCAAAACCCAGCAUCUCAACAGGUCAUGCAGCAGCCUACAACGCCUAUGUUUGUCUCUCCUCCACCAAAGACACAGAGGCUUCUCCAUUCAGAAGCUUAUCUGAAAUAUAUUGAAGGUCUUAGUGCUGAUUCAAAUAGUAUUAGCAAGUGGGACCAGACCCUUUCAGCACAAAGACGUGAUGCCCACCUCUCAAAAGAGCAAGAAAGUCGUCUUCCUACACACUGGUUGAAAAGCAAAGGGGCUCAUACCACAAUGGCAGAUGCACUAUGGCGGCUUCGAGACUUGAUGUUGAGAGAUACACUUAAUAUCCGCCAGGCAUACAACAUAGAAAAUAUUUAAUCUUUCAAUGCCAACAUAUAAAAAAAAUUGUGGAACAUAGCUGUUUUAGUUAUUGGUGAGGGAGAGAAAAUUGUUUUUAUUGCAUCUUAUUGUAUAUUGCAAGAUUGUUUUUUUAUAAGGACAUUUUUAAUAAGCAUAUUUCACUUUUUGUUAUAUUAUGUUGACUUUUCUUAAAUAUACAGACUUGUGCAUAUGGUUGACUUGAAAGAUGAUCUCAUGCUUGGUUCUAAAUGCAAAGCAAGGUUAUAUCUUUUUUUCUUCACAAAUUCUGAUAAGAUAGGGAGGAUGUUUACAGUUUAUCUUGGGAAAACAUACAUUUACACCUAGACCAUAGUGGCAUGAGCAUCGCUGUAUUUAUACGGUAGUUACUUCUGGCAGGUACAUCACAUAUGCUUAAAGGAUUUUUUAAAAACUACUGAAGUAGAGAAAAAAAUCUGGUAAAUACAAGAAUCUAAAUGUUUGGUCAGUAGGAGGAUCACAGGACUUGAAAUAAAAAUGAAGAAAAAUAAUCAAACACUUCAAUUAGUUCAAACACGGUGAGUUUGUACUGACCAACGUCAUUUGUGAAGAGUCCCAUAACCAUGAACAUUUACCUAUGUUGCCAGUAGACUCUGAUCUAGGGAUUUUUUCUGAUUUCCAGAAAAAGAAAUCACCACAGCAGUUGGGCUUAUAAAGAUACUUGAGGAAGGAUAAAUAACUACAAGGGUGCAAAUAUUUGUUUCUGCUUUCUAUUUAAUAUGAUUCAGUUUUUGAUAGUAAACAUAAUACUUUUGCAUUCUCAGAUCGCUUACAGAACAUUUAUAUAUUUAACAGAACAUGACAUUUUUAAGGAUGCCAAGACCUAUGUAUAUUUAAUACAUUUUAAUACUUUUACAUUUCUACCAUUGGAAAAAAAUGGAUGUGUUGUUAUCUGAAUAGUUAAGGUAUUACUACAAAUAAUGCAGAUGUUAACUGAUCUUUGAAGGUAAGUAAUAGGAAUGUACAAGAGAGGCUUGCCUAAAUGCUAUCCAUAAUUUGGCAUUGAGAUUUGUAUACUAUUUUUUAAAUUGCUCUGAUAUAAACAUUGCACUGCAGCUACUGAAAAUUUCAAGUGCAUAACCAGUUGCACUGCAGUGUUAAAAGGUUUAACAUAAUAAAUAAUGUUUUUGGUGGGUAUUAAAACCCUGAUUUUGCAUAUCUCAGUUGAAAAAGUAAAAAAAAACUAUUUUCAAAAAUAUUUCUUUUGGGAUCACAGUUUUUACAUCAUUUGCAACUCCACUAUUUAGAUAGUCUCUUUGAAUAUGGAAAAAGUCGUUCAUGAAGUUUAAUUGGGUUUUUUGUUAAUUUAUUUUGAGCAGACUACCUUCUACCUAAAAUUGUGUUGUUCCCUGAUUUGCUGCCUAAUUUCAUAAAACUUCCUAGUUUCAUUGCCUUCCUCGAGAUGGGACUGGCAAUUGAUAGAAAUAUUAAUUGGUCAUUUAAUUAUAAAAUACUUUAAUUAAAUAUGUAAAUACUUUGACUUAGUGGAGAAAAUGUAUGAAUAUAAUUUUAAAAACAAGUUUAAAAACAGCAAAUAAAUUUUAUGGAGGUUUAGAGCAAGUAACAAGCUAAAACUUAACAUUGUCAGAAAAUAUGUUUUUAGAAAAUUAGCUUUAUUUCUAAGGAAAAACUACUUGAAAUGAAAAACUACUGUGGUUUUCACUGUAGAAUUAGGUAGGAAUCCAAAUUUAAUUCACUAGAAUUAAAACAUUCAAUAUACAACCCUGGUUUAAUGCAGACCCCCCAAAAAUAAUGAUGGCAGAGCUAUUAAAGAGAUAUAAUUUAUACUUCUAGGAUAUAGCUUUUGACAAAUCUAAUAAAACACUUAAAGAGAUACAGUUAUCAAAUUAGGUACUAAUAUAAAAUAUAACUUAAUUGACAUUACAGGAGAAAUAUUUUGUAUCUUUAAUAUUCUAUAAUCUGUGGUACAAAGAACCUUAGUUUAUAUUGUUUAAAAUAUUUAAAAACCUCAGAGAGACAUAUAUAUGCUGCUAUCCCCGACCCUAUCCCCAGCAAGUUUAUUUUUCCCUCCUGGGGUUUUCUUAGUUAACCUUAUAAUUUUCAACAUAGAAGCAGUUGCAGUGUUGGAAGCUGCUAAAAUAAAUGCAUGCCUGCUCUUAUGGCUUGUGGCCAGUUUGUUUGACAUUACCUCAGAUAAUGGUAUUUUCAACAACAAAGUUAAAGGAAGCCAGUAGCACAUCCUAGUUCUUGAGUACUUAGAACUGCCUUGGACAUUUACUAAUACAAUCACUUUUGUUAAGAAUUACUAAAAUUACACCAAAGAAUUUGGAAUUAUUUAUUUUUAUUUAUUAUUUUUAAAAACAUUUGUUAAGAACAAGAUGUGACACCCUUUGGAUGCUGUGUAAUGCAGAAGGAUCACUGCUGAAUAAUUUAUAGCAUUACUUUCCCAGAGACCUUACCUAAGGAGCAGCUUCACCACUCCUAAUAGCCUAGGAGUAAACAAUUAGAACUGUAAAUGAGACCUUUUCUUUGGAAGUGCAGAGCACUCCUCUUAAACUAUUAGGCUGGCCCUAAUUAUUUUAAAUUUAAUUUAUUCCAAUAUCAUCUGUAUUGGGGCAUUUCAGUAACGUGUAGGAGUUAAGAUUUGAUGGUUACAAUCCAGUAUUGCACAAUUAGCAGACAAUUAUUUUUUAAUUAUAAUUUGUUGAACAGGAGAACAAACCAUGUCUUAUUUGUGGCCACUUGAAUUCAUUAUUUGUUAUCUUCCACAGCCAUGCACUGUAUUGGAAUAAAAGGACUUUGGUUAUUCAAAUAAAAGUAUGGGAAAUGGUUGGCUUGAAUGGUAAAAAAUACAUCAAUUUCAGUUUGAAAGUGAUUAUUAGUUUAUUGCCUAUUCUUUAUUCCUUUUUUAAAAGAGCAAAUUUGUAUAUGAAUUCAAGUCAAUGCUUUUAACUUUUUUCCAGCAUAUAUGCUUUUGGACCUGGUUAAUCCAUGCCUCAUUUUUACAGCUGGUUGUAUACUCCAAUGAGUAAAGUGAUAAUUAGUCCAUGUGCAUGUACUAUCAAUUUGUCUUUUUUGAGGCUUUUUAAUUUAAAUAAAAAUAGUUUGUAAUUUGGAUUAACCAGGUUUGAUUGUUCCAUUAAGAUGUCUCACUUUUAGUUCUAGACAAUUUUACUACAAUUCUAACCAUGUUCUGUAAAGAACUCAUGAUGACAUGCAAUAUGUGCAUCCUGGUAGUUACAUUAGAUACACAGAACAAGUUUAAGAUCUAGAGAAAAAUAGGCACGUUUAUCCUACAUUCAAAAACCUUUCCAAAAAGAAACAUAACCACUGAGUUUUAGAAGAAUACAGAAUUUUAAAAUUGGUACACACAUAGAGAAGCUAAGUUCACAUGUAUGCUAAGCCAUUACUUAUUUUCUCAGUUAAGUCACAACAGCUGGCAUCAUACUAAGUCAAAACCAAGCUAAUCACAUAUGAUGUGUGAAACCUGUCUGUGAUUUGUCAGCAAUGAUUGAUGGCUUAGCAUUAGGACAGGACUAUGGUAUUAGUUGUUCAUUGAACAAUAUUAAUACCAUCACAAUUUACUACAAUGUCUGAACUGAGCCUAUACUAUAAAGGUACGUAUCAAAUUCUAUAUCUCUCUUAUUAGACUUUUUUAUUAAUGGUAUCAAAAUAACAUUUAAAUAAUCUUAAUUUUAUAGGCUAGGGAAAAAAGUCUUUUUCCUGGUUUUAAAGUCCAGGUUGGAAGUUGGUGUGUUUUUAAACCAACUUUAAUCAGAUCUGGGCUAAUCAAAAAAUUGAACAAAAGGAUCCAUUUUUUUCAAGUGUACAGCCAGCAUUAGAGUGGAAGUCCACAACUUGUCCCCACUGUAUUUCACCAUAAGCAAUGAUUUAUUGCAAUUGCCCAUAUUUGAUAAAAUAAUGUAAGUCUUGCAAUGUAGCUAUGUUUAUGUUGUAGAUUUAAUUUCUGCUCAGUAUUGUUAGAUUUAAAAUACAGCAAUACUUUCCUUUGAUCAUAGAUGAUGGAUUUAUAAAUCUAGCAGAUGGCCAUACAGUACAUUUUUAUAUAUUUUUUUCUUUGAAAUUAUGUGUAGCUUUUCUCUUUUGCUACCUAUUAUGUAUAUAAAUUGACCAUAUUUUCUUAGAAAAAAUAAAGGACAAACCUGAAAAAAGGGCAAAGAUGGAAGAGGUGCAUAAUGAUAAAAAUGUUUAUGUUUAAAACUUUGUUUUACAAAUGUAGUGUUUCUAGUGAGCAAUCUGAUCUUCUAGUACAUUCAUUAUUCUCAACUAUUUUCUCCAAGAUUACAGUUCAAAGGAUUUUUUUAACUAGCCUUUCUGAUCAGACAAGCUCCACCUGAGAAAUGUAUAGCUUUUACAAUAAAUACAUUUUAUUCAUUUAUAUAGCCAGUCAUCUAAUUUAACUGAUUCAGUUAAGAUGAAGGAAAAAAACAAGCAAAUUCUCAUGUCAAUGUAAUAACUAUUUCAAAUUUUCUACCCAGGUUUGUCAGGUUUUUCCAAAGUUGCAGAUCUCUAUUUCAUAACUACAGUCGCUGUCCUUGUGAAUUUUUAACCCUUGGAAAUGAAGUCUAUUACUAUUGCGCCUAUUUGCAUUAGAUGGGCAUGGUGUGAACAACAUCUCAGUGUUUUUCUUUUUAAAGAAACAGAUUGGCUUUUGCGCUCUCAUCUUUUAUCAAGAGAAUCCUUAACGUUUCUUCACUUCAGCCAUUCAAGCAAUGCCAGCUUAUCUGGGGGGUUUGGUGUUUCUCCCAACAAUUUUAAUUCCAAAUUUGAUUUAUUUUAAUGCAACAUUUCUCCUGACAUUCUGAACACAAACUAAAUACAAUAUGGAGGCAUAGUAAAGAGCCUUGGCACAUUCCUUUCCAUUAUUUGAACUAUUUACUUCCAUAUUUCAUUCCAAUUGUUGCAUCCAGGUCAUCAUGCAAAUUCUUCACUGGCAAAUAAGUCUUUUCAAGAGCUCUUCACAAUUUUUUGUGGCCUGUCUUUGGAUAUUUUUCUAUUAUCCAUUUGUUGCUAGCAUUGUGACAUCAGCUUUCUAUUUUCUAAGUGCAGCUUGUAUAUAUCAGCAGUCCAUAUAUCACAUAUUGAAGCCUGGAUUGCAGAAUUUUGGGCAUUUUCUAAUUAUGUAAAAUUAUUGAGAGAUCUAAAAGGCCAGACUGAAGGAAUAUCAUGCUGGAAAAAAUGAAGUUGCAUAGAGCUGACUCCAACUUGAUAGUAGUUAAUAAAAUCAUUUUAUGUUAAGUUCA